GUUUCAUCAACGCAACGUGUGUGAUUCAGAUUCCCGGGCAGCAUCUAGCUAGUUCAAGAUGGCGUCAGUUAGGUCGGGCCGAACGUCCACUGUGCUGUCCUCCGUGCCCUUCCAAUCUCUGCUCUACCUGUCAGCCGUCUACUUCCUCUUCUACUUCCUGUCCACACUCUGCAUGAUCAUCUACAAGAGCCAGGUGUUGAGCUAUCCUGAUGGGAACCUGACCCUGGAUCUGUGCCUUCUCUUCCUAAUGGCUGUGCUGGAGCUUCUCAGACUGUACUGGGGUGUGAAGGGGAACCUGCAGGAGAGUGAGAGGUGUGUGGGUGGCAGCCUCGCUCUGACGGGUGGCACGGUGCUGCUGUGUGUGUACUUCCUGCUCUGGCAGUCUUACGUGCUGCGCGCUGAUGUCAUCAUCAACGCCGUGCUGCUGGCCUGUUACCUGCUGGCUUUCCUCCUGGGGUUUGUCACCCUGGCACGCUUUGCCAGUGCCUAUGUGUGAAGGAGCCAUUUCUCUGACUGCGCCGGUGCGAACGAGCUGGGCCUCCUCCUCUGCCAGCUCACGCCCCUUUCACAGUAAUGGGUCAGGUAACCGCCGGGACGUCCCGGUCUGGAUCAGGGGCCGCUGGGCUAAAGUCACAGGACAGGUUCACUUGGAGCAUUCCACGUUUCUGCCCCUUGUGCCAAAAGAAAAGGCAGAACAAUUACCCAUUCUCCACACCCUGACAUUGCAACCUACCUGUGGUAUGACGGGUUUCACCAUAGCAACUCACUGACCUGCUGCUCACUCCUCCUGGACCACAGGCAGCCCAGAGAAGGCUGUUAAAGAUGCAGCUAAAAGUGAUCUCUGUACUGUAUUUCUCCACAUGAUUGCUCUAUUUGUGUAAAAAUGCAGUGUGCAUUUCUGUUUUGGUAAUGUGCAAUUACUGUGGCUGUGGCUCCAUUGUUCUUCCAGACACCAGGGGGCAAGCAGGCUGUGUGGCUGCGCCUGGGUUCAUUGUGAAUCCCCUGAUGCUGAUCUUCAGACUGACUACCUUUUUAUUAUUUUUAUUAAUUUGAAAUAAAGGGAUCUUUAUACUUGUCAAAGUGUUUUGUAAAAGAUUGUUUUUAAAAAAUAAUAUUGGGUAGUCAGACUCAACGUCUGCCUAUUGUGAUGAGUGAUCCACAGAAUGGACCAAUCACCUCCAGUCCCCGCCUCCGAAUCUUGCCAUUGUUAUUAACUUGCUGUAAGGAUGAUAUAAAUGAGCAGAGUUUAUGAAUCUACAAAUCAGCCUUCAGUCUUACAAUUGCCAUUCAUGACAUAACCUGCGGGUAAACACACACACACACACACACACACACACACAUAC